UACAUAUUGGCGUGCGUACUCUCCAAAACUUUCACACUUACCCAUUGGAUCCAUCACUCUUUUUCUUAAGAGUUUAAGUUUACUUUACAAAAGUGUGAACUGUACCAACCUCAUUCCCGUAAAGUUAUCAUGUGCAAUAAAAAAGCCAUCAGUGAGUUACUAUUAUCACCACCGCAUGGAUGCAUGUGAUACAAACGAUAUUUUUAAUCUUUGUUCCCAUGGAAUUUUUAUCCAUGAAUCCGCCUUCCGCGCACGCGGACGAAACAUUGUUCGGUUCGUUAACGGCAACAGGUUCAGCGAGAGGCAACACUAAUUUUCUUUCUCAACAUCGGUUUAAAAAAUCUGCAGGAGCUUAUGGUUAUGAUGACUUACAGCCAUCAACACGCACCACCACAGAUGAGCCCGUUACAUGCCAUGGGCGCUGCCUGGGAAGAUGUAUUGCUGGAGUUUGUUACAGAUCGACCUUUCGGACUAACCCGUUUACGGAUGCAUCAGCCACUGAAACCGGAAGAAUUACAGCAUUAUCAAGUUUGUUCAGAACCCUGACCACGACCUCCCUGGACAGUAUAUUAACCAGUGCAAUAUCGACGCCAUCAUCGGCUUUUGUUGAGGUGCCACCGAACGAUCCAGUGGUCACAGCGACACCGCUAUCAACAGAAGUACCCGAUAUCGUCAUGACCCUAAAUACACCACCAACCACUGAGCCAACUACCAUAACACCGGUUAUCAUGAACAUGGAGCCAACAACCAUUGCACCGGUUCCGACGACCAGGGAGCCGACCAGAACGACACUGGUCACAACGACCCCGGAGCCGAGCACUACGAUGCAGGUUACAACGACCACGCACAGGACAUCUACGAGACCGCUUCCGACGACCACUACUGUGACCUCCGAACCGACCACAACGGCGCCGGUUACGACGACCACUGAGCCGACCACUACGACGACCUCCGAACCGUCAGCCACUACACUGGUUCCGACGACCACUGAGCCAACCGCAACGACACCGGUUACGACGACCACGGAGCCGAGCACAACGACGCCGGUUACGACGAGUAUGGAGGCGACCACUGCGACGCCGGUUACGACGAGCAUGGAGGCGACCACUACGACGCCGGUUACAACGACCACGGAGCAGACCACUACGACGACCUCCGAGCCGACAACCCCUACACCGGUUACGACAACCACGGAGCCCACCACUACUGCAACCUCCGAACCGACCACAGCGACGCCGUUUACGACGAGUAUGGAGGCGACCACUGCGACGCCGGUUACGACGACCAUGGAGCAGACCACUACGAUGCCGGUUACAACGACCACGGAGCAGACCACUACGACGACCUCCGAGCCGACAACCCCUACACCGGUUACGACAACCACGGAGCCCACCACUACUGCAACCUCCGAACCGACCACAGCGACGCCGUUUACGACGAGUAUGGAGGCGACCACUGCGACGCCGGUUACGACGACCAUCGAGCAGACCACUACGAUGCCGGUUACAACGACCACUGAGCCGACCACUACGACGACCUCCGAACCGUCAGCCACUACACUGGUUCCGACGACCACUGAGCCAACCGCAACGACACCGGUUACGACGACCACGGAGCCGAGCACAACGACGCCGGUUACGACGAGUAUGGAGGCGACCACUGCGACGCCGGUUACGACGACCAUGGAGCAGACCACUACGACGCCGGUUACAACGACCACGGAGCAGACCACUACGACGACCUUCGAGCCGACAACCCCUACACCGGUUACGACAACCACGGAGCCGACCACUACUGCAACCUCCGAACCGACCACAGCGACGCCGUUUACGACGAGUAUGGAGGCGAUUACUGCGACGCCGGUUACGACGACCAUGGAGCAGACCACUACGAUGCCGGUUACAACGACCACGGAGCAGACCACUACGACGACCUCCGAGCCGACAACCCCUACACCGGUUACGACAACCACGGAGCCCACCACUACUGCAACCUCCGAACCGACCACAGCGACGCCGGUUACGACGAGUAUGGAGGCGACCACUGCGACGCCGGUUACGACGACCAUGGAGCAGACCACUACGACGCCGGUUACAACGACCAUGGAACCGACCACAACGACGCCGGUUACGACGACCUUGGAGCCGACUACUACUGUGACCUCCGAACCGACCACAACGACGCCGGUUACGACGACCAUGGAGCCGACCACUACGAUGACCUCCGAACCGACAACCACUACACCGGUUACCACGACCACGUUGCCCGCAACCAUGUUGCCCACCACCAUGGCAACGGUUUCAACGUCCACUAAGGCGACCGCAAUGAUACCGGCUACGACGACUACCCCAACUAUCGCAACGACUACCAUACCAAUCACUUCAGCUAUGACUGUGACAACAACCACAAGGCCGGCCACCACGAGACCUGCUUGGACGACUUCAGAACAAUCCCCCAUGGCAUCGUUUACGGCUAGAACUAAUUGGUCAAUGGAAGCCACUCCAACCCCACCAGUCAACUCAGUUGUGGCUGUUAUCCAGCCGAACAACAGCGCUACUACAAGCACUAUAGUUCCUCGCUUCUUUACAGCGACUGUGUCAGUAAGUAUCCCCACUGAAACCCCUGUCAUGGUUAGUACGCCAUUCGCGACAGCUGCUGCCACAGCAUCAACGACUGACAGAUACGCCGCACCCAUUUCUACGCCCACGUCAUCGGGUGCGGUUAUGAAUUCAGCGGGUGUGACGACUAGAAAUGCGACAAUACAACCAGUUGUCCUGCCAAGUCCCGCUACAGCUGUAGCCCCAUCGACUGUAGUCAGCAACCGAGCCUUGCCUGUCAUGACAGAAAAGUUGCAGUUGACAGCGGAAUCUGCCAAUUCCAUGACUGCAAAAGCAGCCACUUCGAUAACCUUCUCGAUCCCUCCCGUUACCACUUCAACCAUUAAAUCCACCACAACGCCUACCACCACCUUGACGACUCAUACCACAACUACAAUAAUACCUUUAACGACGACGAGGACAACCCGCACAACCACAACAACUCUACCGCCACAAUGUGCUCUUCCUUAUCCUUUUCCAAUGGUGCCGCAUCCACCUCCUCCCACUAGUAUUAUGAAUGCGAACUGCUACAUCUAUCCGGAUAUGUUUGACAGUCCAAUCGACACAUGUAGACAUCUGACGGCCGCUGACAGAAAAUCUCCCAGCUACUUUUGGUUCUGCUGUCCGAAGUGGCUCCAGAAUCCGCUUUGCCAAGGGCCACAGUACCCACCAUCGCGACCUCCACAAAUAGGCUGAGUUGACAGAAUGCCGGUUUUUGGAUGACCUCAAUGCCGAAGCCUUUUGAGUCGGUUGACUAUAAAUCGGAUUAUGAGUAUACCCAAAUUAAAAACAGCCCCUUACUUUGCCAGUGAUAAAAGGAGCUGCUUUCGAAAACGGCAACUGUCUAAGACAAUGGCGAAGAUGUAGUUGCUGUAUCUUUUGUACAGCUUUAGCAUUUGCAGUGUUGCUGUGUUGAUUACGUUUUGAAUCUGAACCGAGAUUGAUGCUCUCAUUAGUGUUUUGGCUCUUGCGAGUUGCUGCUGCUCGUUGGUUAGUAUGCUCAUCUAGUUAUUCUACGUAAGAAAUGCUUUGUAUAUAAAUUUGUGGCGUAUUUCUUGUGCUCUGUUUUUUUGGCAAGUUUAUCCUUUGAGCUUUGAAUAGCGAAUAAAAUUACUUUUUAAGUG